CUAAUUUUCCUGUAUAUAGUGCUUGCUUGUAAUAGAAAAAUUAUAUGAAGAGAUUAACAUUACAAAUCUACUGAAAUUUGUACAGAGUGGGGCAUUUAAAACAGGUCACCUGAAUAACUUGCUUUUUUUGAAGAUAGAAGAAAAUGCAUUAGGUUAGACUUACUUGGUAUGGAGGGACUUAUAAUCUGAUAUUACUAAUUUUUCUACAGCUGGAGGCAUCAAGGAGAUACAAAGAUCAACGCCGAUUUUUUAAAUGGAAUAGUAUGGUUUCUUAUUUACGCGAGAGUGGCAUCAGUCGACAAAUACUUCUUGUAUUCUUCUUAUAUCUUUGUAUAUUUUGCGAAUACUUCACGUUAACAAAUUUCACCCGUUCCACAUUUUACUUGAUAAACAAUUAAGUGAAAAUGAUUUUCAAAAACGUGAAUGGGGCUUACGAAAACUACAAGGCGAUGAAAUGUUCUUGAGUAAAAUUUUGUUUACAGAUGAGACCACAUUUACAAACCACAAAGGAGUUAACUAUCACAACAUGCACUACUGAUCAGUUGAUAAUCCACGAUGCCUGAAAAAAGUGGACAAACAGAGAUCUUGAUCUAUAAACGUCUGAAUUUCCGAACAGAAAAUUUGGAGAUCGUUGGAUUAGUCAAUCAGAAAGUAACAAAUGGCUGGCAAGACCUGACACCUCUAGAUCUUUAUUUCUGGAGAAAAUUAAAGGAAGAAGUGUGCCAUAAAAAACCAACAAUCAAACUUGGGAUGCAAGAACAUAUAAAAAGAACCUGCUCUAUAAUAGAUACAAAUGAAAUUUGUCAGGCAGUACCAUCAGUAUUACAAUGUUUUAGGCUAUGUAUCCAUGAUCAAUUGUCAUUUUAAACACUUGUACUAGCAUUAAGUAUGUAUAUAACAUGUGGCAUGUAAAUCAGUGAAGUAUUCGAAGAGUGCUCUGAGACAAUCUAUUUUCUAUUGCAGUUGACCUUGGGUAACCUUGAAUGACCUUCAUAAUACUCUACCAAAUUAUAAAUAAGGAACCAUACCACUGCAUUUAAAAAAACAGAGUUGAUCUUCAUAUCUCCUUGAUGCCUCCACCUAUAGAAAAAUUAGUACUAUCAGAUUAUGAGCCUCUUGAUACCAAGUUCAGCUUAAUGCAUUUUCUUCUAUCUUCGCAAACAAGCAAGUUAUUCAGGUACACGAAUCACACUGCCAAUGAAUUACCACAAUGUGUCUUUCUAAGGAUGAUUUCUUUUUAAAUGAUAGGUUACAGUGUUGACAUUUAAAUUCACCACCACUGUGCGC